UCGCGGUUCUUCUAUGAAGUUUGUAGUGACAGGAAGCUACAGCGACUUAACUUCACCUUUUUUUUUAAAUCUAUUUGUAAAGAUGUUGUCUAAAAAUAAAAGUGCAUAUGAGAAAAAUUUAAAUUAGACUAUUGUAUCGAGCAUAGAUACGACAUAGAUUGUGCAAAUAUAACAUUCAACACUUAUUUACGGAAUCGGUCUGUUAGCUGACGCGUUCGCUGGAUUUUUUUUUUAAAAAAACAAUGAAAAUUAAAAUAAUUCUGCUCCUUCUCGUCCAAGUUUUAGCUAGAAAACGAAGUAACUAUAUAAAAGCCGCAUCGAAUUUCACAUCCCUAGGUUACAAAUGUGGAUUUUCUGUUGAAGAAAUCGACGUUCAAACAGAAGACGGUUACAUACUCAAAAUGUUUCAUAUCGAAGGAGAUAAGAGGCGACCAGUACUCCUGUUACACGGCAUCGUGGAUUCAGCCGAUACUUUCAUAUUGAGAGGGCAGAACUCUUUAGCUGCGACCCUAGCGAGAGAAGGCUACGACGUGUGGGCUGCUAACACUAGAGGAUCCACCUACUCGCGUCGCCACGUUACCCUGGAACCCAGCGAUAAACGAUUCUGGGAGUUUACAUUCCACGAGGUCGGCUACUACGACCUGCCCGCGUUCAUAAACCACAUUUUAAAGGUAAAUGGAGUCAAAAAAUUGAGCGCGGUCGCUCAUUCUCAAGGAAACACGAAUUUCUACGUGCUGGGCGCGACCAGACCUGAAUACAACGAGAAAGUGAGAGUUUUAACGUCUUUAGGGCCGGUUUGUUUCCUGACAUACGUACCGACAGUCUUUGAAUUAAUGAUACAAAGCAGAAUAGUCAUCAACGAAGUCCUCUUGGCGUUCGACGAAGAGGAAAUCUUCAGUCCCUCACUGAGAAAAUUCAUCCGAUAUUGGUGCACUGAGACCGUAAUGCGAGUUCGGAUCUGUCGUGACAUUUUCUUCGAGCUAGCCGGGAAGGAUGAGCAAGAAUUUGAGGAGGAAUUCGUUCCGGUUGUUCUAAAUCACUACCCGACGGCCACGUCGCGACGGAAUAUCAUGCAUUUGGCGCAAAUUUCGGAGAAAACUCGAUUCAGCCAAUACGACUUUGGAAGAGCACAAAAUCUGAAGGUUUACAAUGCGGUGAGCGCACCGGAAUACGACCUCGGCAAGGUGACUAUGCCCGUGGCUCUGUUUGUCGGUAAAAACGACAAGUUGACCUCAGCUAAGGACGUGCGUUUACUCCUAAAUAGUUUGCCCAAUAUUGUCGAAUACCGGCAAAUGUCUAGGGAUCAAUUCAAUCACAUAGACCACGUGUGGGGCAGAAACAUGGACGCAUAUCUUUUUCCGCACGUUUUAAAGGUAUUAAAAAAAGUUUUGAUCGUUGAACGGGAGAACUGGAUACAAAAAGCAAUAAUUAAAAAGGCGUAGCACAGAAAGAUAAUACAGGAUGCGCGCUCGCAAGUCAGAUUUCGAAUGUUGGCGUUGGAUCGAUAAAAAUGCGACGACCGGUUCGUCUAUGCACCGAUGUAGUAGCGAAAUAUUAUCAGCGCCGCUAUACUGCAGUUAUCACCUGACUAUGCUUGUGAAUUAAUUUUGUUUAGUGUAAAUAAUGUUUUGUAUGAUUUAUAAUAAAAUAUCAUAAAAUUAAUAAAUACAUGUGAGUCACCCACAGUGUA